UGGGCGCCAUUUUGUGCUCCUGCUAGUGCCCCAGUGCCCCAUCAAAAGAACUCGCUUUGGGAACAAUAACCUUCUCAGGACACAGGAACCAACUUUUCAGUGUGUGUCUAGAGGCAAAAAGAGCCCCGGAGGCCCCCGCGUCUCGAUUGGUGGAUCGCUGCCCAUGCAACCGUCAGCUGCCGAGGCAUAUCCAAUCAUCGUCGUCGGAGCCAGAGAGGGACCCGCCCAAGACAAGGCAGUAUGUGACAAGGCGGCCCCCGAGAGCUGCGUUGGACAGGCCGAGGGCCGGCGGGAGAACCAGGUGAACCGUGGCUGCGCGAUGGCCACCCAUAGCCACCCAUCUCCCCACGCCGCACCUCAUCCCCAGAGGUCCCCACUGUUGGAUCCGCCCCCCUUGGACUUGGAGGAGCAGCCAAAGAAUGAGAUGGGGCAGGGAAUCGUGCAGCCAGCCAUUCCAGAUGCAGAACUCCCCGCCUUACCGGGCUCAGUCUCUUGGUGCAAAUCAGAGCCGACAGACAGGAAGAGUCAGCCCCGUGGGCCCAGUCCGCAAAGAGAGCAGAAACGGAGGCGACUGAGCAGAGACAUGGAGGAGGAAGCCUUUCCCCAAGAUGCAGACCCGCACCAGGAAUCCCAGGACCUGCUGGAUUUUGUCAACCGGUUUGCUCAGUCCCUGGCCGAGGAAGAGCGUCAGACAGGUCAAGCCUCCCCCUGGUCCCCCGUCUAUGCUCCCAUGGCCCCAGCUGUGGGAGAUAGGGAGGGUCUGGCGUGUUUGGGGGCAGCCCAUGAGGAACUGGAGCAAGUCACCUGCGAGCUGCAGGGGAAAGACGCAUCCCACUCGGCCCUCCCGAACGAUGUGCAGGAUUACCACAGCGGAGACUCCGACCUGCCCAAACCGGCGGCCCAAACCCCACCAGCUACAGGAGAGGGUCCGGCAUGGUCGGGAGCAGCCCACGAGGAGCUGGAGCAAGCCAUCCGCAAGCUGCAGGAGAUAAACACACCUUACUGGGCCUCUCCGGACGACGUUCUGGAUUACCACAGCGAAGACCCCAACACAACCAGCCUGGCAGCCCGAGCCCCACCAGCUCCGCACUCUUCCAGCCAGUUCAUGACUCCUGGCCCUCUGGCUCCCGGGGACUCCCCUCCGGGCUUGGGCCCCUCCGCUGGCGAAGAGGGCCCGGGAACCAGCCACGCCUUCCCGGUCCCCGGAAUCCCGAAGGAGCAGGGUCAUCCUGACAGAGCCAGCCAACAGCCCCUCCCAGAGCCACGCAUGGGAACCGUUAGGAGCCGCCCCGGCCCUGACGCUGCAGGAAGCCAGAGCCCAGUCUUCCCAGCUGGGGCUGGUCAGGGGUCCAGGGUGGAUACCGUACCCUUGGCAGUCCUGGAUUUACCAGCCAGGCAGAGGAUGGAAGCGAGAACACAAAAUACCAUCACCAUCAUCAUCAUUCAUCGGCUCUCACGAGGACGGCCCGCUCCACCAGCUCCUCCCUCCUCCAUCCACCCGAUCAGGACCCCACCCCACGGCCCCUCGAGAACCUGUCCUUAAACCAGAGCAGACUGCUCUACCAAAGCCUGGACAUUUCUGGCCAAUCCCAAUAAAGCCUUCCUGAGUUUGUUUCGAGCAA